UAGGACUUCUAUGCGGUGAACCCGGGAAGGCGCUCUAGGAACUCAAGCGGGCGAAGCUGACUCAGCGCCUUUGACGUUUGGAAACCAAGCGCGCCUAGGCAGGCAGGAAUAGAAACCGAAACGGCUGGGUUUAAAUACACGCCCGAAGCCGAAGUCUCUCAGCCUGGCUCCGGUGUCCUGUCCUCCAGGAGGGUAAACUCGAGAAAACGAUUUCGGAGCCUUUUGGGGGACAACGUUUCCGUUCUCCUCGCACAGAGAAAGGAUCGGCCAGCCGGAGUGGAAGCAGCAGCAGCAGCAGCAGCGGGGCGAGACCUUUCCCGGAGCGAUCCCCGCCUAGAGCGGCGAAAAGGCUUCUCCUCCUCCUGGUAGGGCGCGCACGACCGUGCCCAAGAGCCAAACGCCCGGCAUGGCCACGGCCCCUUCCCGCGACGAGACCAUCCUCUACCUAGUCUCCUGCUUCAGGCCGAAGAUCAGGCGAGGCCUGCAGGUGGUGCAGGUGCUGGACUACAUGCCCUGCCUGAGCCGCGAAGUGAAGGAGCACGUCCGAACGGUGUGCGACAACCAGGGCAACAUAGCAGCGGCCGACGAGCUCUUGAGAGCCUUGGAGGACGCGCCUCGCCGCCCGCCGGGCUUGUGCCUGGAGUUCUACGACGCGCUGCGACGAGGGGGCUUUCGGGCCGCCGCCUACCUGAACCCCAGCCUGGACGAGCUGCCCACGCCGUCCCUGGAAGAAGUCCACGAGACGGGCACCCAGCUGCUGGAGAUCUUCAUGGGGAGUUUGGUGGAGAACCUGAGGGCCGUGCAGGUGGCCGAGAAGUGUGUCGCGCAGCGGCUCUUCAAUGGCGAGGACUUUGAGAGGGUGAGAACUCUGCAUGAUGCGCGUGGAAAUCAAGAAGCUGUGAGGGAACUGCUGAGCAGAAUAGAGCGAAAGAGAAAGUGGUUCUCUCCAUUUCUGGCUGCCUUGCGUGAUGCUCACCAUGAAAAGAUUGCAGAUGAACUAAAUGGAGAGGAAACCGAAUAUAAUGAGAAUGGGUUAUCUGCAGACAAAACUGAAGAGCUACGUGGAUCUGCAGCCGUGGGGGAGGUGAAGAAAGGAACUGACAUGGAGCCCAGUUCAUCCGGUGAGGAGAAUGCUUCAGAAGAAUUCUGGGAGGCCUCUGCUGUUUCAGAAUCUGAUGUCAGCUUGCUAGAUGCAAGUGUCGAUGACACCAACGAAAGCCUUGGACAGGUCAGCUUCGGCGGUGAUUCAGAUGAUGUGGAUGAUGGAGACAAGAGAUCUUCACCUGAACCAGAGCUGAGUCUCAGAGACUACCAGAUGGAAGUAGCUAAACCAGCCCUGGAAGGGAAGAAUAUUAUCAUAUGCCUCCCUACAGGCAGUGGCAAGACCCGCGUGGCUGUUUAUAUUGCCAAACACCAUUUGGAUGAGAAGAGAGAAGAAAAGAAGACUGGGAAAGUUAUAGUACUUGUCAACAAGGUGCCUUUGGUGGAGCAGCAUUUCCGGAAAGAAUUUCACCUCUACCUGAAGCACCAGUAUCGAGUAGCUAAGCUGAGUGGUGAAUCUCAGCUGAAAAUUUUAUUCCCCAGAGUCGUCCAAAAUAAUGAUGUCAUUAUCUGCACUGCUCAGAUCCUUGAGAAUGCGCUGCUGAAUGCAGACAGAGAUCCUGAAGAAGGAGUCCGUUUAGCAGAGUUCUCUCUGAUUAUUAUUGAUGAAUGCCAUCACACUCACAAGGAAGGUGUCUAUAACAAUAUUAUGCGUCGUUAUCUGAAAGAAAAGAGGCAAAAUAAGAAGCAAAGCAACUCAUGGCUUCCUCAGCCACAGAUCCUGGGACUGACAGCCUCACCCGGUGUAGGAGGUGCAAAAAACCCUUCCAAAGCUGAGGAACAUAUUCUGAAAAUAUGUGCCAAUCUUGAUGCAGAGAGGAUCAUGACUGUUAAAGAACAUGCACAGCAACUGAGCAAUCAAGUGAAGGAACCUUAUAAAAAGUUUGAGAUUGCAGAUGACAAACGGCAGGAUCCAUUCAAAGAAAAACUCAUAAGCAUAAUGACCGAGAUCCAGUCGUAUUGCAAGUUCAAUCCAAGAUGUGAGUUUGGAUCUCAGACCUAUGAACAGUGGGUUGUUCAAGAGGAGAAGAAAGCUGCUAAAGAAAAGAAUCGUAAAGAACGUGUCUGUGCAGAGCAUUUGAAGAAAUACAACGAUGCUUUGCAAAUCAACGACACCAUCCGAAUGAUUGAUUCGUACGAACAUCUCAAAAGCUUCUAUCAGGAAGAGAAGAACAAGAAGAUGGCAGUGAAUGAAGAAGAGGAUGAGCCCCUGCCAUUGAAACUAGAAGAAACAGAUAAGUUCCUCAUCGGUUUAUUUUAUGGCAAAGAAAAGUUGAUGAAAGAGCUGGCUUCUAAGGAACAAUAUGAGAAUGAAAAGCUGGUAAAGCUGCGCAGCACUUUGAUGGUAGAGUUCUCAAAGACAUUUGAGCCCAGAGGGAUCAUUUUCACAAAGACUCGGCAGAGUGCCUAUGCCCUUUAUCAGUGGAUUAAAGAGAACCCAAAAUUUGAAGACCUUGGAGUGAAAGCUCAUUACCUGAUUGGUGCCGGACACAAUAGUGAAUUUAAGCCAAUGACACAGAACGAACAGAAGGAAGUCAUAGAGAAAUUCCGCCGUGGAGAAGUGAACCUACUCAUUGCUACUACUGUGGCAGAAGAAGGCCUGGAUAUCAAGGAAUGUAACAUCGUUAUACGCUAUGGUCUUGUUACCAAUGAAAUAGCUAUGGUGCAGGCACGUGGAAGAGCUCGAGCUGAAGAAAGUACCUAUGUACUUGUGGCUUCAGAUGGAUCCGGAGCUGUUGAGCGUGAAAACGUGAAUAUUUUUCGUGAGAAAAUGAUGUAUAAAGCAAUUAGACGUGUCCAAGAAAUGACCCCAAAUGAAUAUUUUCGCAAGAUCGAAGGCUUUCAGCUGCAAAGUAAAAGGGAAGUCAGAAUGAAGGCAAAGAAACAGGAGCGUAAGGUUUACAAGCAAAAUCCAUCCUUUAUAAAAUUCCUAUGCAAAAACUGCCAGAAGGAAAUAUGUUCGGGAGAAGAUAUACAAGUUAUUGAAGAGAUGCAUCACGUCAAUGCCAAAAAGGACUUCCAGGAGCUUUAUAUUGUAAGAGAAAACAGGACUCUGCAGGCAAAGGAAGCCGAUUAUCAAAUAAAUGGAGAAAUUAUCUGCAGAGAUUGUGGACAAGCUUGGGGAACUAUGAUGGUACAUCGAGGUCUAGACCUGCCAUGCUUAAAAAUAAAAAAUUUUGUGGUUGUUUUCAAAGAGAAGAAAACUGCUCCAACCCAGAUCUUCAAAAGAUGGAGCGAGCUGCCCAUUAAGUUUCCAGAUUUUGAUUAUGCAGAACAUUGUGAGUCCAGUGAUGAAGAUUAAGAUGUCCAGAGGCACAUAUGUACAUUUAUGACUUAGCGACUAAAGUCUCAAGUGAUGACAAACGUGGAUGACAAGAGCUCUUGUAUUACCUCAGUACAGUCCUUUUGAAUGGAAGCAGUUCACGCAUAGCAGCUGCAAGCCACUAAGUGAGAAAUCGACAGCAGCAAAAAUCUUGGAUGAUGAAUAUCCGUGUGUAAAUCAGCACAGUAUUUCUGGAGUCAGGGAGUCACCAAAUGCAUUCAAAGCAUUGAGUGAGAUCGUUCUUUUUGGAAGAUUGCCUUCCUACCCCUUGCGUGGGACAAGAAAAGACAAGUAAGAUUAGACCAAGGCAAAAUAAUUUUUAGAAACCCUCAGCAGGAAGCAGGAAGCAAACUUAUUUUGUUACUCAGUAUGCAGUUUUAAUGCUUUCCAAAUCCUUAUGAAGUUAUAUUGAAAGAAAACAACCAUUUAACAGUAUUCAUUUUCAAUCAGAUUUACAAACAAAAAAGAAAAGGAAAUCUUCCUUUUUUGUGGCCUGAAUAUGCUAUGGUGCUUAGUUAUGAACAUUUAUGUAGCUCAUCUAGGUGCAUUUCUUACUGGAUAGCUUGUAGUUCAAUGUCUUUUAUCAAUAAAAAUGAGGGAAAUUAGGCUUGGCUGAAUUUUUCUGCUUGUUUGGAUAGUUCCUAAAUGCAGAGGAUACAUUCUCAAAACCGGAAAAAAAGCAAGUUGAUAAAUGCUGGGUUUCGUCCUGCAGUGGACCCCUGAACCCCUCAUUUCCUUGCAAAUGCCCCAUCUGGGGCUCUGGCAGCUGGCUUUCAGCUGCAACAGUGGCUCCUGCUCAUCUCUCAUGGGGGAUGAGCCUCUCAUGGCCACCCCUUGCUUGGCCCUGGCGAGGGGGGCCAGCAGUUGAGUGGCAGAGAUUCUGGUGCUCCAUCCUGGACUUUGCCCAGGGACUUAGAAUCACUAAGACCACCCCUGACUCGGUAGCCAUCACAGACAGUGAUACAUAGAAGGUAUCCAUAAUGACAACUCUGUGUUUCUCUUCUACUGCUUCUCAAACACUGCAAAAAGAGAUUAUUUUACUGUGCUGCAGGAGUCAUUGGCUAUGAGUCAGAUACAUUUUCUAGGGAAAUCUACAUGCAUAGUGGGGCUUUUUUUCUCCUAGUUUUAAAGAUGGUUGUGUUUUUUAAUAUCUGGUGUAUAUUGUUUCCAGCCUCUUAUUGUAAAACUUUAACUUGAUCCAAUAAAGUUUAUCAAUUCAAUAAAGUUUAUCUUUAAAAAAAGAUGGUAUCCACCCCAUAA